AUGUUAAGAUCUCUCAUACUUGGACACAUCCGCCGUGAGAGAAGGGUGGUGUUGCGGGAAAGGCCUCAUUAUUCCGAAGAACCAAAACUCCUACUCUGCACUCUGACAGCAUCAUUUGUCAGUCGCGUCCUGCUGAUCUGUGUGCCCGGCACAGACACCCAUCACCCCUCCCUCUCUCUUCAGACCGAGCUAAUAGACCUGUCUACAGUCGAUGUGAUUCUCAUCUCUAACUAUCACUGCAUGAUGGCGCUGCCAUACAUCACCGAGUACACGGGAUUCACGGGCACAGUGUAUGCCACAGAACCCACCAUGCAGAUCGGCAGGCUUCUCAUGGAAGAGCUGGUGAAUUUCAUCGAAAGAGUGCCAAAGGCCCAGUCUGCCUCCUUGUGGAAGAAUAAGGAUAUACAGCGGCUGCUGCCUUCUCCUCUCAAGGAUGCAGUGGAAGUGUCAACCUGGAGAAGAUGCUACACAAUGCAGGAGGUGAACUCUGCCCUGAGUAAAAUCCAGCUGGUGGGAUAUUCUCAAAAAAUCGAGCUUUUUGGUGCUGUUCAGGUGACCCCUCUGAGCUCUGGCUAUGCCCUAGGAAGCUCCAACUGGAUUAUCCAGUCCCAUUAUGAGAAAGUGUCUUAUGUCUCUGGAUCCUCCUUGCUUACCACACACCCUCAGCCCAUGGACCAAGCUUCUCUCAAAAAUAGCGAUGUUCUGGUUCUCACAGGGCUGACGCAGAUCCCCACUGCCAACCCCGACGGCAUGGUGGGCGAGUUCUGCAGCAACCUUGCACUGACGGUCCGGAAUGGAGGGAACGUGCUGGUUCCCUGCUACCCGUCGGGGGUGAUCUACGACCUCCUGGAGUGCCUGUAUCAGUACAUUGACUCAGCCGGCCUCUCCAGCAUCCCCUUCUACUUCAUCUCCCCGGUGGCCAACAGUUCACUGGAGUUUUCCCAGAUUUUUGCUGAAUGGCUUUGUCACAACAAACAGAGUAAAGUGUAUCUCCCGGAGCCGCCUUUCCCACAUGCAGAGCUCAUUCAGACUAAUAAACUGAAGCACUACCCCAGCAUCCACGGAGACUUCAGCAAUGACUUCAGACAGCCGUGUGUGGUGUUCACUGGGCAUCCUUCCCUCCGCUUUGGGGACGUUGUCCACUUCAUGGAGCUCUGGGGGAAGUCUAGCCUCAACACUGUCAUCUUUACAGAGCCUGAUUUCUCCUACCUGGAGGCCCUGGCACCUUACCAACCACUGGCCAUGAAGUGCAUCUACUGCCCGAUUGACACUCGGCUGAAUUUCAUCCAGGUGUCAAAGCUGCUUAAAGAAGUGCAGCCCCUGCACGUGGUCUGUCCUGAGCAGUACACCCAGCCACCCCCAGCCCAGUCCCACAGGAUGGACCUCAUGAUCGACUGCCAGCCACCAGCCAUGUCCUAUCGGCGGGCUGAGGUCCUCGCCCUGCCCUUCAAACGACGCUAUGAGAAAAUUGAAAUCAUGCCAGAGCUGGCAGACUCCCUGGUGCCCAUGGAAAUCAAGCCCGGCAUCUCCUUGGCAACUGUCUCAGCUGUGCUGCACACGAAGGAUAACAAACAUGUGCUUCAGCCCCCUCCACGGCCCGCCCAGCCCACCAGCAGUAAGAAGAGGAAGCGCGUGAGUGAGGAUGUUCCUGACUGCAAAGUGCUGAAACCUCUGCUGAGCGGCUCCAUCCCAGUAGAGCAGUUUGUGCAGACCCUGGAAAAGCAUGGCUUCAGUGACAUUAAGGUGGAAGACACAGCCAAGGGCCAUAUUGUCCUGCUGCAGGAAGCUGAGACACUCAUCCAGAUUGAAGAAGACUCAACUCACAUCAUCUGUGACAACGACGAGACUCUGAGGGUGCGAUUGCGGGACCUUGUCCUCAGGUUCCUACAGAAGUUCUGAGUGGGGCACCCUUCACCGUGGACAGUCUGGUGGUGUCCUCUGGCUUCCAGAGGGGAGAGGUGUCUCCGGCCAGGACUUGCACUUCCUUCUGCUGAAGCCAAGAACUUUUGGAGUCCUGUUCUUUUCGGUUCUGGAGCUCUCAAGCAGCUUGGGGGUGGCAGCAUUGACAAAAGGCCUUUCCUAGGGAAGUGGGAAAAUGACUGCUUGUGUUUUCAGGGCUCGAAGGGGGCAGCUCUCGGACUUAAACCUGCCUACCAUGCUACACCUAACAAAGGACAGUCCCCAAAUCAGAAACCUAGCCUAUCCAGCUCUAUUCUGUGGCCCAUUUUGCUAAAAUAAACAUUAUUUUUAUAGA